CAGGUAGUAAGCUUCCAGCCAAUUGUGUAUCAACACUUCUCCGGGACUUUGUCCCACUGAGAACCUUAUCCAAUCCUAAUGUCGUUGUAGGCCUUAGCUCUUCGAUCGCGGACUGCCGACGGGGUUUCUUCUUCCGAUGAAACAUCCACCGACGGGUCCGCCGGAUGGCUUCCUGGCAUCCAUCGCCGAUAUCGUCCACGGUUAGGGCAAGGAGAAUAAGUGGGAUAGAAAUGGCAACUCCAAUGCCGAAUGUGUAUUCUGCGACGUAUGAGAGAGGGAGUUGCUCCGAUCCGUCUGCGCUGUGGGGAAACUCUUCGAGGUUCAUUGUAAAAAAGGUUGCGAUGAAUGACAGGGGAAGAAAGACAGUUGUGACGAUAGUAAACACCAUCAGAAUCUUGCCCUGGCGGGUUGUGCCAGCAGCUUGGUCGCGGGCGAAUCGGGCCUCGAAAGCGUUUGCAUGCUUUUGCUUUAGAUCUAGCAAAUCCGUGAUGGAUGAAUAUAUACGCUCUGCUUGCUUAUCCAUCCGCUCGAUGUCCUUAAGGUGCAUGUCGAUCGCGCGUUGCUGCUCCUUGAAUCGCCUCUUGAUUUCGUACUGCGAUCGAUGCUCUACCUGAUAAAUUCCAUAGAUGACAUCUUGGAAGUCAAGUAGGACAUCUUGCUGGUGUUGUAGAACAGUACGAAUCAUGUUGAGUUCGUCACGGAUGUCCUUAGCCUCGG